AAUGCAGUGGUAUAAAUGAUAAGCGGACCUCGUUGGCACACUUCCUGGUGGGUGGGUUUUGGGGUUUUUCCGUUUUUUCAUAGGUGUGAAAGAAGCUCUGCUUCCGAGAAGAGGAUGUGAAGCUCAGAGCACAAAAUGCAUCUUCUGAUGGUGAUGGGCUUACUGGCGUGGUGGGCUGGAGAAGGCCACGGCGUCCUGCAGGCGCUCACAUGCCCGUACCAAGUCGACCAGAGCACUCUGCCCAGAGUCUGGUGCAAACAAACCAGCGCAGAGUGCUGCAGAGGCCUCAUGUACGAUUACAAGCACCCUCAUGACGGGGACCCCCCGGUGAUCCACGAGGACACGGGGUCCUUCACCGUCUCCGUGGUCAGCCCCCCCCACGGCGCCGGGGUGUACUGGUGCGGAGUCAUGGCCAACAGCUCGGUCCUCAUCAAACUGGCGGAGAGCUACUUCUACGACUCCACUUCCGCUUACAUCUGGAGCAUCGCUCGCUUUGCGGUGUUGCCCUCAUUCCUCAUCCUUCCUUCCAUACUCGCCCUCAACGUGCUGGUCACCAGUCGCUCAGAAAGCAAAAGACAUCAUGAGGAUUCAACUAAGGUUCUGGAAGAACCUGAAGCAAUAUAUAUAAAUCAAUAAUCAACCACUCAUGUGGAGCAUGUUGGAGCCGGUUGAGGACUAUCCAUGGUUAUACUGCCCCCUGUUGGUAAAGACCGACAAUGCAAUACUCAAACGGAACAGCAUAGAUGUGACCAAUAUAAUAAAAAGAGCUAGAUUAUAUUUAUCUAUCCAUAUAUCUAUACAUCUAAAGAUAUAUAGAUACAUAUAGUCUUGUCCUUAUACUAUUGCCUCUUGAAGUCGACCAGAAGAUCCCCCCCCCCCCCCCCCCCAUCUUCAGCAUUCAUGUGUAAAUAAAACCUUUGAAUUGAAGAAUGCAAUGUGGAAAAAAGGAGGCAGCUAUGAUGAAAUUAGUUUGCAUUUAUUGAACAAACCAACAUGGGCAAACUCACACAGUGUAAACAUGUGGUGGAAUGAAAAAGGAAAGGUUUGGUUCCAAAAUAAACAUAUCGUAACACAUAGAAUAUCGUUUGAAGGUUGACAAGUAAAAAGUGCUGAAGAGUGUAUCGUUAGAGCUAUUGCAGAUUUAGUUACUUAGGCGGACAGUCUUUAUUGUUCAGAAAAGGACUUAAGCUCAUAUUAGCAAUAACCAGAACGCAGCUAACCAUUCUCUUCACACAGGUCUAAUUUUGGAACAAAAAUCUUCAAAUAUAUAUCAUUUUAUACUUUAUACAUUUGUUUUUGCUAUGCCCACACACACACACACACACACACACACACACACACACACACACACACACACACACACACACACACACACACACACACACACACACACACACACACACACACACACACACACAUCAAAGAAGACAUAAAAAAGAAA